UAGUUUACUGGUGAAUAGAGGACGUAGCUAACAAUAUCAACAGGAGUUUACCGGUGUAUAGAGGACGCAACUAACAAUAUAACAGGACAGUAGCGAUUGUUAUGGAUAUCUGAUUUGUGUGCGGAGCUUAUCUAUAGACAUUUGAAAAGUCAAUGAAGGAUACAGGAUCCGGUCAAAAGCUUUCACCGAAAUCCGAGAUGGAUCCUAACCAGAGCGUGAAGUGUAAAAUCGUUGUCGUUGGGGAUAGUCAGUGUGGAAAAACUGCUCUACUUCACGUCUUUGCGAAAGAUUGCUUUCCAGAGAACUAUGUCCCAACGGUGUUUGAGAACUACACAGCCAGUUUUGAAAUCGACACGCAAAGAAUAGAACUCAGUCUCUGGGACACUUCAGGAUCUCCGUACUAUGACAAUGUGCGACCUCUCUCCUACCCAGACUCUGAUGCAGUCCUCAUCUGCUUUGACAUCAGCAGACCAGACACCCUGGACAGUGUACUGAAGAAGUGGCGAGGAGAGAUCCAGGAGUUUUGUCCCAACACAAAGAUUCUGCUGGUGGGAUGCAAGUCAGACCUCCGCACAGACCUCACCACACUGGUGGAACUAUCCAAUCACAGACAGACACCCGUGUCAUACGAUCAGGGCUCCAACAUGGCCAAGCAGAUCAGUGCUCCCUACAUCGAGUGUUCGUCCCUGCAGUCUGAAAACAGCGUCAGAGACAUCUUUCACGUGGCCACGCUGGCCUGCGUCAACAAGAGCAACAAGAGCAUCAAACGCAACAAGUCCUCCAGGAGCACCAAGAGGAUCUCGCACGUGCCCAGUAGGCCCGAACUCACCGCUGUCACGUCAGACCUGCGCAAAGACAAGGCCAAGAGCUGUACAAUAAUGUGAUUGGUUGUUGGGGUAGGGAGACUGACUGAUGUAGACUGUGGGAGGAGCAGGCAGGUGAUGGGGACUGGACACUGUGCAUAGAGCCCCUCCCCCUCCUAGACACACAGGCAAAGCAGUGAGAAGGCGAGUUAGCUCUGCACUUUUAAAUCAGAUUCUCCACUGGUUUGGAUUGACCUAAAAC